AUGGCCCCGACCGAACUAAAGGAGCUCAAGACCCAGUUACAGGAGCUGUUGGACAAGGGAUUUAUCAGGCCGAGUACUUCAUCGUGGGGAGCGCCUGCUCUGUUCGUGAAAAAGAAGGAAGGGACGCUGCGAUUAUGUAUCGACUAUAGGAAGUUGAAUCAAGUCACAGUCAAGAAUCGGUAUCCGUUGCCUAGGAUCGAUGACCUUUUUGAUCAAUUAAGGGGAGCAACCUGUUUCUCAAAAAUCGAUCUCCGAUCAGGCUAUCAUCAAUUACGGAUUCAAGACGAGGAUAUUGCCAAGACAGCUUUUCGUACCAGAUACAGCCACUACGAGUUUAAGGAGUUGAACCUGAGGCAGUGCCAAUGGAUGGAAUACUUGGAGGACUACAAGUUUACGCUCCAGUAUCACCCCGGCAAGGCCAACGUGGUAGCUGAUGCUCUGAGUCGAAAGGACAGAGCACAGAAGGUCAAGACUGCCAUCAAGGAAUGGGAGAUGGUGGACACCCUUAAUGAGUUCAACCUACGAUCAUCAUCGGAGAACGGAAACGCUCGACUGUACGCUCUAGUGACGGAGCCAGCACUUCUUCAGGAAAUCUUACUAGCCCAAACCUUCGAGCAGAAUUGUGAGUUCGUUCGGCAUCGAAUCCGAGAAGGAAAGGCGGUGCCAAGAUGGACUAUCGAAGAGAAUAACAGCCUGAGAUUCAAAGGAAAAGUAUUCGUGCCUAAUGUUGGAACCCUUCGAGAAGACGUACUCCCAGUAGCUCACCAUUCGAACUUCGCAGUUCACCCUGGCGGUACAAAAAUGUAUCACGACUUGCAAAGAACGUAUUGGUAG